AUGACCAGCUUCUCGCCGGAGCAGAUGCGGGAGCUCGCCCGCGGCGUCGACCUCUCCGGCAAGAACUUCGUGUGGGUCAUCGCUAAUGACGGCGCCGCCGUAUCCUCGGACCCGUGUAAGCCAGGCGGGUUCCCGACGACGAACCGUGGGUACAUCGUCCGAGGAUGGGCGCCGCAGGUGCUCAUCCUGAACCACCCUGCCAUCGGCGGGUUCGUGACACACUGCGUCUGGAACUCGACGCUGGAGGCCGUGAACGCCGGCGUGCCGAUGGUGACGUGGCCGCGGUACGUCGACCAGUUCUACAACGAGAAGCUGGUCGUGGAGGUCCUCGGGGUGGGCGUGGGCGUCGGCGCCGAGGAGUACGCGUCUAGCGUGGAGACCCACCGGGUGAUCGCUGGCGAGGCGAUAGCGGAAUCCAUCCGGAGACUGAUGGAGGGGGAGGGCGAUGGCGCCGCCAUGCGCAAGAAGGCGAAGGAGCUCGGCGUGAUGGCAAGGGGCGCGGUGGAGAAGGGUGGGUCAUCAUACGAUGACGCCGGACAGUUCAUGGAGGAGUUGAUCGCCCGCCGGAGUUCCGUCGGAUGUACCGCCGAUGGCUAA